AUGCUCGGGACGUCCAAAACUGCAACUACUGACGAAAACAACUGCAAAGUUCACCAAAUGGUGCUAGACAACCGCCGAAUUAAAGUGAGGAGAUGGGAAAAAGUGGGUGGAGCUAUGGGAGGGGCCUACCUGUGGGUGGAACUCGGCUAUAUAUACCGUCCCAGGGGUUCCAACCCUCUACAGUUCAUCAUGUCCAACGUCUUCUACCUUGUCGCAUCCCUCUUCCUCUUGCUCAGUUGCUCUAGGGCGGCUCCAGGCCUGAAGACUGUCAGCCAAGCUUGCACCCGAGAAAAGCGUGAUGCUGGCCUCUUUCCAUUUCCUAGGGUUGGAAGAACCUUCCCCCUCACAUGGUCUUUUCUUCCGCUGGUUGAGCCUGAGUCUGGAGAACGUCAAAUCAAGCGAGAGCAGCUGAUUCCAUUUCCUCGCGUUGGAAAAUCCGGGCCGAAGAGGAACGGAGCUUCUGGAAAUGGCGGGCUCUGGUUCGGACCUCGGUUGGGCAGGCUGAGCAAGAGGAUGGAGCUCGUCCCCAUUUCCUACCGCCAAGAGAUGGCAUACAGAGAUAAAGAUUGGAAUACUUUGGCAAGGUCGGAUAGGGAUGUGAUGGAGGGGAGGAGUAGAGGAGUGAAGAGAAAGCUAACAUCCGAGUUAGUGCUCCUUCGAGAAUGUGCUCCGCCCGGGCCCUGUCACCAAUCUUGCUCACUGCCUUCCUGGUUACUAUCACCAUCAGCACCAAUGUAUCCAAAUGUCGUGACAAUGGUUUAGCGCAGCUACCUAAUGAUAAAGUCACUAUAAGUUCGUGUUCUCAACCACCUUGCGUUUUAAAACGGAAUACACAACCAUCUAUAACAAUUGAAUUCAAAGCAGAAAAAGAUGUCCCUGGCGUUAUCACAGCAGCAUCAGCUUAUAUUUUGGGAGUGCCAUUCCCGUUCAUUGGCGUUGACAGAACCAGUGCAUGUUCUAAUAUAUACUCUGAGGACGGAAAAACUAAAGUUGGGUGUCCAUUAAAAGCUGGUCAAACCUAUCAGUAUCGGAAUGGCUUUAAAGUAUUAGAAAUAUAUCCCAAGAUAAGAGUCAUUGUUCGCUGGGCUUUAACAAAUAAUGCCACAGGUGACAACUUGCUUUGCUUUGAAGUACCAGCAAAAAUUGCUUAGGCAAACUACCAGUAGAUUAUUAUGAAUAUCAGUUUUUUUUUGUAUGUGUUAAUGAUAAUUUUCUUACAAUAAUGGUAAUAAUAGAUAUAGAAUAAUUAUUAAAUCACUUGAUUACAAUUUAUUUUAUUAAAUUCAGCACAUGAACAAUUAUGUUGUAAUUAGAAAGGUUAGUUUUGAUUGUAUGUUGUUUAAUAACAGUGGUUAAAAUAAUGCAUUUAUAUAUAUACAAACAGUCAAAAAUCUAUAUAAUGAACAUGAAGGUUCUUUGAAAAAAACUGGGUAGACAUAAAGAAUGAUUUUCUAUACUUUUUCCAUUAAAGUCCAAAAACCAUUGGACAUUUAAAAAUGGCUAAGUUGUAGUAUAUUCACAUGUAUUGUAUUUAAAUAUAACUUUUUCAAUUUUAUUAAAUAUGAAACUUUAAGGAUUUAAAUAUUUCUAAUCUUCUCCAACAUUUUCAGAAUUUUCAAUAACUAAAUCAUUAUUUUGCCAAGUGACUUUUUUUUUUCUUUUUAAUUAUUAUCCAUUCUUAUGAACACAAACGGUUCUUUUAAAUUACAAUUAUACAAGUAAUUACAAAAUACAAUUAAAUUACAAUACAAUUACAAUUACAAUUAUAUAUAUA